GUUUAAAAAGUGUAAUAGUUACUGUAACCAGAAUCUGUGGACUCUCUUUUUCAUUUUAACCUGUUGUCAAAAUAACCAGUCUUGCUUAUUAUCCUUAAAAUAAUGUAACCGGUUACCAGUAACCAGAUCUUUCCAGGUAAUCCUGACUAUUUAAUGAUAAAAGUGUGCAAUUUAGUGCUUUAAUUUGCUUCUCGUAGGGACAUCUAUCGCUUCUCUGGAUCACCAUUUUACUGAGCAAUGAAAAACCAAUGCAAAGCAGGCUUGUUGAUCUAUUAUGUUGGCUCUUUCUAUGUCCCUUUCUUUUUUUGCCUUCUACUAACCCUGUAGAUUUAAUUGUGUUGUAUCAACAAAAAAAAUUUUGAAUUAGUAAACUUUUAAUUAUAAUUGGUUAUAUUCAAGGCAUACUAUCCAAUCAAAGUGACCAUAUAAUGAGCUCCGGUUCUUUAAUGCUUGAAUCGAAAGCUAACUCCGGAGAUUCAUCAAAUAUUAAUAAUAACAAUAGUAAUAAUAACGUUAAUAACUCUGGAAACAACCAAACGAAUCCGGGACAACCACAACCUCAGACUUACACAAUUCCUUGUAUUUUACAUUAUCUGCAAAGUGAAUGGCAGCGAUUCGAACUUGAAAGACAACAAUGGCACAUUGAAAGGACUGAGCUUAAGGCAACUAUUUCUUUACUUCAAGGUGAAAGAAAAGGCCAGGAGAACCUCAAAGCUGAUCUUGUCCGAAGGAUUAAAAUGUUAGAGUACUGUCUAAGACAGGAAAGAGCUAAAUAUCAUAAGCUUAAAUAUGGUGUAGAUGCUCCUACAUUAGAUAAUUUUUCAGAUGAAAGUAAAGGAACUGGUAAUAAUGAUACCGCAGAUGGUGAUACUUCUGGUGGUGGGGGUGCAAAUUGUGAUUCAGUACUGGAAGCUGAUGCCGAUGGUGUCAAUUGGAAACACGGUAGACAAUUAUUAAGGCAGUAUUUACAAGAAAUUGGUUACACAGAUUCAAUUAUUGAUGUUAGAUCAUCUAGGGUUCGUAGUUUGUUGGGACUAAAUAAUAAUUCCUGUCAAGAAGAUGGUGGAGGUAAAGGUAAACAAGUUAUGGGUGUUGAUAUACGAAGAUUAGAACAACAGCAAUCUCCUGCCAUGGCUGUCGUUUCUGACGCAGAAGCAAGUGUUUUGGCAACUUUUGAAUUUUUGGAUAAUCAGUCAAGGAAGCAUAGUAAUCGCAAUUAUGAUCAAAUGAAUGAAGACUCUGAGGAUGCCGAAGAGGAUGAAGAUGAUGGCAUCGAACCUGAAAAUCGAACACAUAAUAUGGAUUUAGAAACUGAAGAAGUUUUAGCCGAAUUUGACUUUCUCGGUAAUGGGUCUCAAAAAGAAGGUGAUAUGAACUGCUGGCGGUCAGGAGCAUCUAAAGAUGUUGUCGAAUUAGGUGAUCUAGCAGCUUUAAGUGAGGAAUCUCUAGAUGUUAAUGGUACCAGUGUUGGUACUGAUGGUCUUCAAAAUUCAUUAAAUAGCGAAUUUAGGAAGACAUGGAAUCCACGUUAUAUUCUUAAAAGCCAUUUUGAUUGUGUCCGUUGUCUUCGAUUUCACUCAAGCGAACCUUUGUUAGUCACUUGUUCGGAAGAUGAAACACUUAAAUUGUGGAACCUCAACAAAACUCAACCACCCUCCAAUAAAGGUAAACAACAAGCAACACAAGGGUAUACCACUUUUGAUUUAGAUCCAGUUUACACUUACCGUGGUCAUGAUUCCAAGGUACUUUCUUUGACUCUUAUCAAAAACACAAUAUACUCUGGGUCUCAAAACGGAGAACUCUUCAUUUGGACUAUACCUUCAAAUAUAGCCAAUAUUGAUCCCUACGAUUCAUUCGACCCUUCCCUUUAUCAAGGCAGCCUGGAAGGUCAUCAUGAUGCUAUAUGGUCUUUAUGUUCAUUACCAACGAGCAGUGAAAGUGAUUCUCUUUUAUGCUCUGCUAGUGCGGACUCUACAAUUAAGAUCUGGAAUAUUAGCACUAAUCAAUGUGUUAAAACUUUCACAUGGCAAGAAGCCGAUUUAAGACCAACAAGUCUCGCCAGUAUGCUUCCUCAUAGCUGUAGUUCAACUUCAUCUUAUUCUCUUCUGGUUUCUUCUUUCACCGAUGGUUCCAUACACAUUUACGAUGUAGAGUCAAGCACCUUCAAUCAACCCUUAGUGACACUUAAAUCAGCUGACUUAGCUCGAGCUAACUCUAUAGAUGUUCAUCCAACUAUGCCAGUAGUGGUCAGCGCUCAUGAAAAUCAUAAAAUUAAAUUUUGGGAUCUAAAUAGUGGAGAGUGUAUACAUGAGAUGGUGGCUCACCUCGAUGAGGUGACCAGUGUUGCCUGUGAUCCAAAUGGGCUCCACUUACUCAGUGGUAGUCAUGAUUGUAGCGUCAGACUGUGGAACUUUGAUUCUAGAACUUGUGUACAAGAAAUAACCUCACAUAGAAAAAAGUUUGACGAGGCAAUAUUUGAUGUUACCUUUCACCCUUCUAAACCUUUCUUCGCCAGCGCCGGUGCAGAUGCCUUGGCCAAAGUUUUUAUAUGAACAUAAGUUUUUCCUUCUCUAAUCACAACCAUCAACAUCAACAAAACAAGUUACAAAAAAAGAUCAACUAUUGUAACACCAAUCAUCACCAAUUGAUUCGCGCAAAAAACUUUUUCCUGAUUAUUUCCACUUCGUGGCGUUGAUAAUACUUUUACUCUCACUUUCUUUCUCUUCCUUCUCUUUCUUUCCUUUCUUUUCUUCUGUCUUUCUCUCUCUCGCUCUCCUCACUCAUAUUGUCACAGUUUCAAUUGAUAAAACAAUAAACACUAGUAGACAUACCUUAAAAGUACAUUUUAAUUUAA